GCUAAUGCUAACAGCUACAUCCAGGCUCCUCGGACGGGGUGGAAGCGACAGCAGACCGACACCGUCACCGCCUCUCCGGGGGACACAGGGCGCGGAUCGAGGGGGUUUUCCGGUCGUCACGCCGGCCGCGGACACACGGAACAUCUCGAGCGGUGCCAUACUGUGACCUUUAUGUGAGGUCUAAGCCCUAAAGGAGCGGGUCAUAGACGGGAGGAGAGACUCGGAGAGAAGCAUCUGGCCACAGGCGCCUGGAUAGGUGUUUUUAUUUUUUACUCGGUUCCUCAAACCUGCAGCCACAACCAGCAGUUUUGACGGCAAGUGACAAGGACCAUGGAGGCCAUUGCCAAAUACGAUUUCAAAGCCACCGCCGAAGACGAGCUUAGUUUCAAACGCGGAGAAGUCCUGAAAGUAUUAAAUGAAGAGUGUGAUCAGAACUGGUACAAGGCCGAGCUAAACGGAAAAGACGGCUUCAUCCCCAAGAAUUACAUAGAGAUGAAGGCCCAUCCGAGCUGCACACCUCCAGCUAAAAAUACACAGGUGCCAUCGCAAAGGUGGUUCUUCGGGAAGAUUCCUCGAGCCAAAGCAGAGGAGAUGCUCAACAAACAGAGGCACGACGGCGCCUUCCUCAUCAGAGAGAGCGAGAGUGCACCGGGGGACUUCUCUCUCUCCGUGAAGUUUGGAAACGACGUCCAGCACUUCAAGGUCCUGCGUGACGGAGCUGGAAAGUACUUCCUGUGGGUGGUGAAGUUCAACUCCCUCAACGAGCUGGUGGACUAUCACCGCUCCACCUCCGUCUCCCGCAAUCAGCAAAUCUUCCUGCGAGACAUCGAGCAGGUCCCCCAGCCUCUCCUCUCUCCUCUCUCCUCCUCCUCACAGCAUCCCACGUACGUGCAGGCGCUCUUCGACUUCGACCCCCAGGAGGAAGGCGAGCUGGGCUUCCGGCGUGGCGACUUCAUCCAAGUCCUGGACAACUCCGACCCCAACUGGUGGAAAGGAGGCUGCCACGGCAACACGGGCAUGUUCCCCCGCAACUACGUCACGCCUGUCAAUCGGAACAUGUAAACAGUCCGACCAUGUAAACAACAACAACAACAACAACAUCAACACGGCAACCAUCACCACCACCUUCAUCAUCAUCAUCGUUCUUCAUCAGCCAUCCCAUCCCCCCCAACCACCCCUCCAUCCCUCUCGGCCAUUCCACGAUAUCGGGAGCAGACAGGAAGAGCGAAUAGCUGAAAGAGAGAGAUAUUAAACGGGAGUAGAGCUGCCGUGGGCGUCGCUGUGUGGGCGGCAGCGGAGCAAAAUCAACUUUUACUUGUGCUGAGAAUGUCCCCGUCCCCCCCGCCCCAGCGAGCGCCGCCGCGGCGAGGAUCGAACCGUCGCCGAGGGAAAUCGAGAUGCGGAGAAACUAAAGAGUAGUUGCACCAACCAUGAAGAAAACCAAACGAUUCCACCGCUCCGACCACGGCUGCUCCCGUCUUCUCCGACACUUCUUAACAUUCUGCCUUUUUCUUUUUUGUGUUUUUCUUCUUCUCUUCCUUUGCCGCAUGUUGUUUUAAUCUCCUUAAUGAAAUGCCUACCGAUAAAUCCUAACUCUGUUUUAAAGAAAAAAAGUCAAUAAAAAUAUAAAAAAGAAGAAA